GAACCUGCACCGUGACAGCGGAAGUGCAGCCGGAACUUGGCCAUAGAAGUGCGGGCUAGAGCGACCCUUCGGAAGCUGGCAGGAAAGGCUGGGGACAGCUGCCGGAGGUGACGGAGCGGCGGCCCCGCCCCAUGAGCUGGAAGAAGUGUCCAGCUCCAGACCUUCCGAGACCAGGGCCCCGCACCUCAGUGCAGCCAUGAGUGCGGAGGUGAAGGUGACAGGGCAGAACCAGGAGCAGUUUCUGCUCCUGGCCAAGUCUGCCAAGGGGGCAGCGCUGGCCACACUCAUCCAUCAGGUGCUGGAAGCCCCUGGUGUCUACGUGUUUGGGGAACUGCUGGAUAUGCCCAAUGUUAGAGAGCUGGCAGAAAGUGACUUUGCCUCCACGUUCCGGCUGCUCACGGUCUUUGCCUAUGGGACCUAUGCUGACUAUUUAGCUGAAGCCAGGAAUCUUCCCCCACUCACCGAGGCUCAGAAGAAUAAACUUCGACAUCUUUCAGUUGUCACUCUAGCCGCCAAAGUUAAGUGUAUCCCAUAUGCAGUGUUGCUGGAGGCCCUGGCCCUGCGGAAUGUGCGGCAACUAGAAGAUCUUGUGAUUGAGGCUGUGUAUGCUGACGUCCUGCGUGGCUCCCUGGACCAGCGGAAUCAGCGGCUGGAGGUUGACUACAGCAUUGGGCGGGACAUCCAGCGCCAGGACCUCAGUGCCAUUGCCCGAACCCUGCAGGAGUGGUGUGUGGGCUGUGAGGUUGUACUGUCAGGCAUCGAGGAGCAAGUGAGUCGUGCUAACCAGCACAAGGAGCAGCAGCUAGGCCUGAAACAGCAGAUUGAGAGUGAGGUUGCCAACCUUAAAAAAACUAUUAAAGUUACAACAGCGGCGGCAGCUGCAGCCACUUCUCAGGACCCUGAGCAACAUCUGACUGAGCUGAGAGAGCCAGCACCGGGCACCAACCAGCGCCAGCCCAGCAAGAAAGCCUCAAAGGGCAAGGGGCUCCGAGGGAGCGCCAAGAUUUGGUCCAAGUCGAACUGAAAGGACUUGUUUCUCCCCUGGGGAUGUGGGGGUCUCAGCUGCCUGCCUGCCUACCCCUUAGGAGACCUCAGAGAGCCUUCCUGUGCCCCUGGCCAGCUGAUAAUACUAGCCCAUGACUUUUCAUCUUCUCCUCCCCCAAGUGUAGAUCACACCCUCUGUAGUAGGGGAGGAGGCCGGUCCAGGUCAUGUUUUGUUGGUGGUACUUAUGUGUUCCAUUGCCUCCUGUCCCGCCAUCCUGCCAUGCUUGCUCUCAUCUUCCUUUAAGCACUCGGCCACUGUUUCUGCCCAUUACCCUGUCAUUGGGUGGGUUGGUUGGUAGUCCUGUUGGAGGUUGCUGUCUCCAGCACAAUCCACAGGUCUCUGCCAUGCCUACCUUUGCAUGCUUAAUCUGUGGUUCCUACUCCCUCCCCAUGCCUUGGGUGGUAUCUGAACAGCCAUGGGAGGGGGCCCCCACCUCCAUCCCAGCCUUAGAGUUUCAGAACCCAUCUACCAUUCUGGUCGUGCCUGGAUACUUUCAUCCUAAAUUGCAUCACACUACGGUUUUUCUUUCCUUUCUCCUUUCUUGGGGUCCUGGGAGUACUGCUGCUUCAGUGACCCCAGAGCCUAAAACAGCUGCUUCUUAAGAUGUUAAGAAAUGGUUCUUUCUUAAUACUUAUCUUAGGAAACCCUAUAGAAAUCCUGGAAGGAUUUAUAUCCCCUAUUGUGAGUUUGGUGGGGAAGGGAAUAUAGAUUGUAAUAAAAGGGGGGGGGUAUAUAUGAAUAGAUCUAUAUAUAACAUGACACAGAAAUAAAUCUAUGAGAAAUCUAUGUACAAAAA